AUUACGGCGCGCUGCGUGAGGCGUGUUUGGCCGGGCAAGGACACACAGUACUGGAAUGACAUUUGUGGAAGUGAGCUGGCGUUGAAUGCUCACUAGCUUGUUACUGGGGUUAACCAACCCGUGACUACAGUACAAACCCUGACCGGGAGAACCAUUGCAUAUACACUGACUCCAACGGGUUUUUGGAUCUAUAAGGUUUCAAGAGGUAGAGAGCCUGCUGCUGUAGCUGAUAAUCGUCCAGUCAGAAGGCCCUAAGGUGGGACUCUGUGUCUUUGCGGUAUCUUCAUUGUCGUGGUUGAUGGUCAGCUGGUAACUGGGGUUGCCUCUGCCCCUGUGGUGAAUGGCUGUGAGCAGAGGGGGCGUCGCCUUCUGGGUGGGUUGUAUCCGCAGCCACGGCAGAAGGCCAGCCAUUGGAAAACAGAGCUGGAGUCUCAGUCAGUGUGUGGACUGGCAGUGGACCCGUCAGACCCGCCCCCUGAGCAGUGCAUCAUGGGCCCUGGUGCCCCCCAACAGCCUGAGAUAUCAAAGCAUUAAAAAGUCGGUCCUGUCCCAUCCGUUCCACCAUGCUAGCCAGCCUCAGACAGGAGGGUACUAUGAGGAAGACUGGGAUUCCCUCAGUGUGUGUGUGCUUGUGCGACAGGGCGAGUCAGACGGCCUCCACACCCUGCUGGAGAUCCCUCUGUUGGGUCACAAUAAACUAGGAGAGAUCCUCACUCCGGGGCCUCACAAGUCCUCCGAGUUCUCCUUCCUGUUGACCACGGUGGACGGCAGCAGAGAGGACGACAUCAGCGUUGACAGCUUCAAGAGGAACAGUGUUGAUGCUUUGAAGAGAGAACAUGGCUGUUUCAGAAGCCUCUUUGAAGCAGAGAGGUGUCCUGCACCGUUCAUGUAUGGCUCCCAGUUUUAUUGUUUUCAUUGCCCUGCCAUAGAGCCGGUACCUGGCAGUGGGCUGAAAUCCAGGCAGGAUAUUGAACUUGACAACAAGCCUGUGGGGUUGCCUCUGCUGCCAUCCACCUCUCUGUGUAGCCAUACAGAGAGAGCAGAGGGGGACCAUACUGAGAGAAAUAGUGAGGAAGAGGAGAAACUGGCCAUGAUGUAUGAAAGACUGAGGAUAGAGCUUCCAAGUUUCUUGAUGAAGAACCAUGAUUACACCAUGUACUCGAAUGACAUGGAAUUCAUCAACGGGCUCAUCAAUACCAAGACCAGAGGCCGUACGGUGUACCAGCUCACCCUCUCCCUGUGGCGCUUCCUGUGUCUAUGUUACUACGCCAAGGCCCGACUGGAGGUGCUGAAGCUCACUAAGCACAUGGAGGACGGGACCAUUAAGGCUCGCUGGAGGAUCACGGGCCUUCCCCUCUACUCUUUGCUGCUGCGCUUCUAUCGCAAAGACAAGUCUCAGAUGUACAGGUCAUAUGAUGCAUUCUCUACUUUUUACAUUGGACAGGAUGGACUCAUUCACUGUCAUAAAGUUGAAAAGGUGAUGCCGGAUCAGCCCCCUGUCCUGCCCAGAGUGACCUCUCUCCUGGCGGGGGCUCUGGUGGCUCUAGGGGUGGAGGAGCAUCGGCCUGCUCUUAACCUGCUGCCCCUCCUCCUGUCUUCUCUGCGACAGAGCAAAGAAAACUAACCCCAGGAUCUCCAUUAGAGGAACAAUGGCCUGUGUGUCAAAGGUCCAUGUGACUCCCCACAUUCUCAACAUAGGAUCACGUGUCCCUGAUUGAAAUACAAAGUCAAGACUUAACACUGCUUUGCCUUUUUCUAAUUUUAAUUUAACUUUUGUUUGAAAAGAUAAAUGUGGUUAACCUGAACAUAGAACUGGGUUUUCGUCAGCCGCCAGCUGUAAUAAAACACACACACACAAGCUUAAAACAGAGCACUACAUAUAAACCAGGACUAUUUAAAACCUUAAGAACAUUUUGUCAGAUGCAACAAUUUGACAUUUGAGGAUGUAACACUCAACAUUGCAGAUAUUGUCAACCAUCAAAACAUCCUUCAUAGAGACAGAACACACGUGUCAUAAUCUGAAAACCAUGCCCACCGUAUGGGGGCAAAAAAGUAGAAGAGCAGUUGAUAAUUAAAAUGCUAAUGGGACAAGUUAGCUGUUAGCACCCUAAUGUUAGAUAUGUGUUAGCAUGCUACUGUAGUUAGCUAAGGCCCAUGCAAACUAAUAAUAGUACAACAUAGCUUUGUGAUUUAUCCACAUUCCAUUAUAACACAAGUUUAAUACUGUCAAAAUGCUUCAGCUUAAAGGUAUACUAUGCAGCCUCUUCCUGAAAAAAUGGUUAGACUCAUACAGAUAUAAUCCCUCUCUCAUAACCCACUAGAAAGAGACCCUGCCGUCCGUCUGUAAUUUCUCUUGUUUCAUGUUUUGCUGACUUAGGGACAUUUCUAUGCGCCAGCAAAGAGCGUUUGUGCUCCACAUGGGUGUGUAACCCUCAGCCAAAAACAACGCACAGGUGAGGUCGGGACUUAAUCAAAACGUAGCGACCAGGUUCAUUGUUCAUCUCCGUCUAUCUCCUCUGUUCUGUCUGGGUCACGGAUGUAUGAAGAGAGGCAAGUCUGUUUGACCGAGAGCGGUGGUGAGCCUCAUACACACACAGGCAGAGGAGGUUUGGGCGUAUUUAUUUCUGCUUUAGAACGUUAGCGGCAUGAAACAAUCAGAAAAUAAUGCUAUAUAUAAAUAGAUAUUUAUUAGUUAUGAAAUGUAUAAAUGACAGCUUUAUUAUUUACACACACCUAUAUAUAUUUGUGUAAAAUAAAAUAACGUUUUGUGUGUCCUAUUCACUAUUACUUUUUUUGUUAUCAACGGCAUCAACAAACCGAAUGUAACUCACUAGACCACCACUGAAUAGAGGGGCAACUUUGAAUGGCUUGCUUGCAAACGCUAAGCCUCUAGGGGAAGGGUGCUGUGUUUCUGGGGUUCUGGUGUAGCCAGUGGAUAUACAGGCCAAGACUUCCAUUUCUGCACUGUUGGAUUGUUUACAGUCAGGCUAGCAAGUUGAGAUGGGAGACUAGACUGACUGGAUUGUUUACCAAGUAGCCAGUUUACGAGCUCAUUUUUAAACCA